AUGGCCCCGCUCCACCUUUCCGUGGUGCGGUGCCGGCCCUGGGCCCUCCUCGGCCAAGCCCUCCCAUCGAGCACGGCGGCGACACUGUCCUCCCGAAGCUUUACGGCCUCGGCGCGCCUCGGCGCCGGGCACAACAAAUGGUCCAAGAUCCGCCACGAAAAGGGCGCCGCGGACCGCAAGCGCAGCGUGCAGAACAUUGCCUUCGCCAAGGCCAUCGCGGAUGCUUCUAGAAAAGGAGGCCCCAAAUACAAAGACGGCAACCCCGCCCUCGCCGCCGCCGUCGCCGCCGCCAAGGCCGCCAACGUAACCUCGGCCUUCAUCGAGCGCGCCAUCGCCCGCGGCCAAGCCCGCUCCCAAUCCGGCGCCGCCCUGGAAAAGUCACCGUCGAGGCCCCUGCAGGACCUCAACUCGCUGCACCGCGGCCGCGUGGUGCUGGAGCUCGACGACGCCGCGGGCGCGGGCGGCGCCAAGACGUGCGCCGAGUGGGAGGAGGAGGUCAUGGCCGCCGUGCUGGGCGAGGAGGGCGUGCUCGACGUCGACGUCGAGGGCCGCGAGGCGACGGUCUGGACCGAGGCCGCGGCCACGGGCGCCGUCGUGGCCGUUGCCAAGGAGGCCUUGGGCGUGGAGCCACGGAGCGUGGAUCUCGUGUGGCGGCCCAAGGAGGAUCUCAAGGUCGCGGUCGAUAGCAAGGUGACGGCCUCGUAUAUCAAUGCGGAAAAGGGCGAUAUCCCUGAGGAGCUGUGGGCUAGGAUUCAAGACAACUUGAUCCUGCCGUAG